AUUUGAUUCACAGUGUGCUGCCUGGAUGCUCGAGUAAAGAGGGAACUGCUAGUUUUUAGUGUUUAUCUUCAGUUUUAGAUUUUAGUAUUCGUCUCUGUGAAAAUAUCCGACUAAUGUAGCUGCUACUGCACGACUUUACAAGCAAACGAGAGCACGGUGAGUAACUUAGAGUAAUGUUUCUGCUGAGCUCGCAUGUUUCCCUUGAUGAGCCUUGCAGUUUCUCAGAGGGACACUGCUGCGGCGGUAGUGCGGAAUAGCUGCACUGCUCACAACAGCAAGGUUACUCAGAACUCACUCAGGUUAGAAUUAAAACCGUUUUAUAACUCACCGUUUUUUUGUGAUUGUGUUUAAUUCAACAGUUCUGCCAACAUCUGGGUUUAUGAAUGGAUCCCGUCUAAAGGUGAGUUGGUGAUGCGUUCAGGUGAUACUGACACGGAUAUAUCAAAAUGGACUGCAGGAACCAGGAGAAUGAGCAUUUUUGUAAGAUUAAACCAAAGAGGGAUGUAUUGCUAUUACUCCCACAAUAAAGAUAAAUCUUUUUUUUUAUUAUUCUUAAAAGCUGGAUUUCUCAUCUUGGACAAACUACUUUGAUUUCAGCAACUGUAUUUGCUUCAGUGUAAAGACAUGCAAAGUCAGCGAAGGGGCAAGUGUUUAUUAUCGGAUACAAAACUUUCACUCAAUCUUAACAUCAAUCAAAAUCAUCUGAAACAUUUUACUAGCAUAUAUUACUGUAUAUGUAUUAUCUCUUAUUUAUGUUCGGUUUCAGUCUGAGGACAGGCCUGUCACAGAUAACCUUCAAGCCCAGAGAGUUCCUGCCUUAACAGGUUUAAGAUGUACUCUUUUUUUGUAGCCGUUAAAUCAUUAACUUCUAUGAAAACCAACAAUUUUAUUAGCUAAAUUCCAGUCUUUGUUGCAUGGGGAGCUAUUUUAAAGCUCUGACAACUGUUUUUUUUUCCGGUUCCCAAACUCCUCUGCCGCCAUUUCACUCAUUUUUAGAUGAUCACAUAGAAAGUCACCAAGAUCCUCAGUGGAUUAAACACAUACUUUCAGUUUUUCCCCAAUACAGAGCAGAAAGUUGCACAUUUACUCUGUCAUUUCCUUUGUUCCAGGUUUGAAGUAUGUGACUUGAAAGUUUCUGUUAUAUGUCAGCAUCUCAGCGAGUCAGUCAGCAGGAAGAGCACCUUUGCAGUCGUCACCCAGUGAAUGAGAAAGUCCUUUCAAUGUCUCUGUUAGAGGAUAUUGUGGAUGUGCUGCACAUCAUUCUUGAGUAUUUUGGAGUGCCUCCAGAGAUGGUGAUUACUUGCAAACACAUGCUUAUGUUAUUAUAUACUUGUAUGACAUCCACUGAGAGCUACAGGGAUUCCUCUUUGAAUAGCUCUAGUGUAUAUCUUAAUAGUCUUUUAGGAAUGGACAUCUUUAAUCCCAGUGGUUUUUGUGUGUGUUGUCUGACUUGUAGCUGGUACCUGUAUGGGACAGUCGCCUGUGCGGCCAGUAUCGCAGCAUUGUGCGGAUGAUUGGAACCAACCUUCCACUGGAGCCCACACCACGAGUCCACUUCCAGGUACAUUUGAUGUUUUCAAAGAGACCAGAUACUAUCCCUCAAAAUCUGCCUAGUUAACUGUGUAGUUUGUUGAUCUUUAGAGGGAUAUAUCAUGCAACCUUCUCAUGAAGAAAGAAGUUUUAAGUCAUAAUAAUUCACAGCUGUCUUUUGAUAUCUGCAAUUUUGUGUUGAACUAGCCAUUGUCCCAAUGUAUAAUCCCAACCUGUACACUUUGUUUCUCUGUUAGGUCCCUCUGCUCACCUAUAAGCCCCACAGUAAUGAUGAAAAUACUACACCUACUAUCCCCUCAUUUGCUGACGUCCUAUGGGUGUUUGAAGACGAGGGGGAUAAGUUUGCCAAGACGAGGUAUGAACACAAAUGAACCAGUAGUCAAAUAGUUAGAGAAGCUCAGGGUUUAGCUUGAGCAACCUCAAUGGUUCACAAUUUAUUUAAACCCUGUAUUUAAUUGAAAUAAGUGCUAAGACGACAUUGUCAAUGUCUUACGUGCCCCUUGACCUAUGAGGUUUAAUCUGCAAAAGGUAAAUAACAUAACUCGGUGUAAAAGGGUCAUCUCAGAGAGAAUGUGUGAUGACAAGAGGUUCCCCACUCUGUGAGAAAAUAAUUCAACAACCACAGAAUAAUAAAGCAUGAGAGCAGUGACUUGCCUAUCAGGUGUGUUGGGAACACAAUAAAGGAUUUUUAACUGUAUCAGAGUGUCUCAGACCUCUAGCUUUGAUUGCCAUCCGCACCAUGAACUUUUAAUAACACCUGAUAGGCAAGUCACUGCUCUCGUGCUUGUUUAGACAUUGUUUGACCUCCUGAAGAGCACCUGAUUCUCCACGGAUACUCCGACCCCACGCAGCAAUCACCCACUUAGUUUUUUAGCUACAGAAUAAUGUUCCUCUGUUUUGCAAAGAUUUCAUCAUCUCUAGUAGAUGAAGUCAUCUGAAGAUUCAGGGAAUCUAGACAAAUCUUUGUGUAAAAUGGACCAGGCUAAAAACCUAUACUAGAUGCUGCAUCUGUAUUAAAAACAGACAUGAUUAUGUAGUGGAAAUAACUGCAUGAGCUCUGUAUUCCUUCCAAAAACCAUCAUCUGUGAACAAACUUUGAAGCUGAAUCCACAAACGCAGGUUAAAACUAUACACAUCCAGAAACGGUUGUGAAUUGUCUCAAGUGGAAACUGUGAAAUCAAAGUUUGACUUCCAUUUACGAAAUCAUGAAUGCCGCAACUUCUACUCAAAAGAGGAAGAGGAGUACUGGUUUGUUAUGUGCAUAAGGGUGGAAAAUUGUUAACAGCUUUAUUCAACAAUGUAUCAUGAUAAAACUAUUUUGUAUCAUCAUUACAUGGCCCUAUAUCUAUAUAUAUAUAAGUGCAAUUGACAAGUAAAUUCAUGCAUGGUCCAUACAGGAACCAGUUACCUCCAAACAAGCAAAGUACUGUAAAUCGGCGUAUGCAGCGGUAUCCCGGACUCCAUCAAUCCCAGGGAAGAGGCCAGUCUGUGAAACCAGCAGCUGACUCAGACGCCCUGCAGAAAAUCAGCACACUGGAGAACGAACUGCUAAAACUACGUGCACAGAUAGCCAUGAUUGUUACUGCUGCUCCAGCUUCAGGUACCCUCGUCUCAUCUCAGUUUUACGAACCUGCAAAUAUGAUCACUCUUUAAUUUUGUUUUUAAACUCAGCGUGACAGUCUUUUGUUGCUCUUUCUUUAUUUCUCCAGGGUUGACAGAGUCCUUGAAUGCACCAAAUUCUCCUCUGGUGUCUCCUCCCCCUCCGCCAGUUCUUACCUCUACGCCUCGCUGUGCUGCUCCUCCACCACCACCACCACCACCACCACCCCCUCCUCCUCCCUGUUCAAGCUCCUUUACUGAGACCAUGUCUGUAACAGAGUUGAUCCGUCAGCGCAGAACGAAUGAGAAAGAACUCGAUAAGGGUCAACAAAGACCUCAGAGUGAAGUCAAGGGGAUGCCGUCCAUGCUGGAUGUUCUUAAGGAUUUAAAUCAAGUUAAAUUAAGGACUAUAGAGAGGUGAGAUAGACACUAAAGAAGAAUGGUAUACUGGAAUAAUUGAUUACACUAUUAUUACUGUAAAUGUCCUGAAAUACCAUGGACCAUGUACUUUAUGUUCCAUCUUUUGCUCAGUUUUUAAAAUCUUUUUUUCAAUUAAUUUGUCACUUCUAUUAUUUUGUCUCUGCUGUCUCCUUAAGAAGUUUUUUUUUCUUUAUUGCCUUUGUAGAUCACCUGGGGGUACACCGGUCAGAAGGAGGCGCAGUAAGGGAUGUGCUUCAUCGCUUAGUGACCCGGCUGCUCUCAUUGCUGAAGCACUGAAGAGAAAGUUCGCUCAGCAUCGACAUAACGCCUCAUCAGACAAAGAGAACUCACUGGAGCUCUCGCCGUUUGGAAGUCCAGAAACAUACAAGGUUUGUUUACCACAGACAUGUGAUGUAAAACUUUAUUUCAGACCCAGUUAGCCCAUAUCAUACAGAAAACAAUACAAAAGAUCUAAAAAUUAAGAAAUUCAAGAAAAUUAAAACACAAAGAGACUUUUUUUCCAAUGCUUCCAGAAGCAAGAGGAAUGUUUUGUGUCACUAAGUGUGGGAUAAGCAAGGAACAUUAUGAUCUCACAUUUAGACUCAGUAAGACGACACAUGAACUUGUACAUGGAAGUGUGGGCAAAUGAUUAAUAAGAAACAUAUUACCUGCACUUGUCCAGCUUGGUAUUUUGAGAAAUAUUCUGUACGCAUCAUGACAUGCCACCUGUAGCUUUCUGAUUAAAGCUUUACUAUAAUUACUCCAUAAAUGAGCAGUAUAGAGAGGUGUGCAGUAGGCUCUGAAGAGCUCUGUUUUAACAUUGUGUGAGCACAUGAUAUUUUCUUGCCAGCAUAUUAGCUUGAGCAUAUAAAUUGCGGCACUGCCUCUGCACAUCCCCAUCGUCACUGAGGUCAUCUCUGAAAAUGUGCCCCAGAUAUUUCACUCUUCACAUGCUUCAGUUUUUCUGCUUCUUCCUUCUAGUUAAAACAUUUCAGUAGCUGGGUAAUAAAUCUUGUGUAGAAAAUUAAGUUGUUAGUGGUGAGGCUUUUUUAAAAUGGCAGUAAAUGAGUCUCAGUGAUCCACUGCUGGAACUGCAUGUAGCCUCUUUUUAUAACCCUGGCAGCACUUGAUCAAAACAGACUUAUCGUUAUUUAUUUUACUAAGAUCAAAGUUUCUGUUUCAGGUUCCUCUUCAUACCAGACGCAGUCAGGGUCGCCUCCACCUCUGAUCCUCCCAACUGCUGCUCCUCACUAAAUAAUAUCAAAAAUCAAACAUGCCAUCAAUCUAAUGCAGCUCUCCCUGAUGUGCCUCCUUCACUUGUAACUACUGCAACUCGUAUCUUGGAUUUCAUUUAUUUGUUGGCUGUUUUUAUUACCUUUUAGUGUUUACUGUACAUGAACAAUGUGAUCCUUUUUUUAUUUGUUUGGCGCCUUGAAUGUAUAUUUUUUUUAUGGAAAGAAGGUUUUUGGUACAGGUGGUUUGUUUUUGUAUAGUGCAGUCUAAUGUUGACUUCUAAUGAGACUUGUGAUAUCUUUUAAAGAAUAAUGUGUUUAAACAGAUGGGCUUUGUUGCUCAUAGCUGUCCUUGAUGUUUGUUAAAUACUAAGUGGUCUCAGUUUUUACUUGAGUGAAUGAAUAACUAAGGGAGUAUAAGGUUAAUAUGGCUUUACUCUAUGCAACUGCUGUGUAAGAUUUGAGUUUAUUAAAAUGUUUUAACUGCUCUCA